AUGAUGACGUCAUGCAUGCGAGGGACCGCAACGAUGACGUGCAUGCUCGCGCUGAUGACCUCACACGCAGUAGUGAUAAUGGCGAAGACGUUGCGGCAUCUAAACCGGAAUCAACUGAAGCUUCCAAAUGUGAUGAGGUGAUGAAGGACAGUGCUUUGAAAGAUACAGUAACCAGCGCGAUGCCGGCGUCCGAGCGAGAUGCAAUCAUAAAGAAGUUUGUCGACGAGCUCGAGGAUUGGAAAGAGAUGCAACAGCAGAUGUAUAAAGUGCAGUUGAAACGCAAAGAGGACUACCACCUGGAGCUGCUGGCGAGCGAGUGGAGCCGGCGCCGCGGGGAGCUGGAGCACAAGCUGCGGGGCGGAGUGGAGCGGUGCCGGCAGCUGGCGGCGCAGCUGGCCGCAGCCACGCAGGACUUGCAGCUGCGAGCCUUCCGGAGCACGGCGCGGGAGAACAAGUUAUUAGAAGCAAAGAAAGCGUUAGAGGCGCACUACACGUCCAAGUUCCAGGAGCUUCGGGAGGCCUCGCAGAAGAUGGAGGCAGAUAUGAACCACCAGCUUCGGCUCAAGGAGCUGGCCGUGGAGGAGGAGCGGGCCAGGGUGCAGUCGCUGGAGAAACAAAUAGACGUGCUCAAGAGGAAUCUGAUGAAUAUUGAAAAAGAAGCCGAAAGCAGAUGUUCCGGUUUGACAAAGGAUCAAACUGCGAGUCUCAUACAAGAAUUGCGUUGUCUAGAGGAGAAGUUGGAGAGUGCAGUGCAGUCGAAGUCGUUCUUCAAGGAGCAGUGGGGCCGAGCGGUGCGGGAGCUGCACCUCAUGAAGCUGGCCGGGAGGAGACAGGUCCUGGCGCGGCUGCGGAGCGACAGGAGGCGGCUCAGCGGGCCCGGAGCGGAUUUGAUGGAGGAACGAGAAGAGAGUGGAGUAGAGAAGAGUGAGAUGGACAUAAACAAGCUGAAGGACGACUUUUACAUGGAUAUCCUGGCCAACACACCUACCGUGGAGACACAUUCUGUGAUGAGCAAGGCCCGAAGAGCAAGGUGAAUGAACGCCUCAGCUCACUGAUAUCGCAAAGAGACGCUCUAAUACAGAACGACGAUCCGGACGAGAUUAUGCUGACACAACUCAACCACGAGAUAAGAAAUAUCCUUAUUAAUUAUGGCAAUUGAUUAAAUAUGUUAUUUAGAUGUUGUUCAAUUAUUUGUUGUUAUAUUGUUUAAAAAAAAGUUGAAAUAAAUUAACUUAGAACUGA